UUCUCUUCUUGGCACGUGCUAUGUGUUUGCUGCAAUGACUGUUAGUGCAGAUGCUACUAUUGCCUAGUAGUGUGGUAUUCAAAUGGCCCGACAGGAGCCAAAAAAUUUGGUUUUUUGCCGCUAAAUUGGUAAGAUUGAUAUGUAAUUUGGCUCCACUAAAUUGGUGUGUGGGGAGCAGGACGUCACUGAACCAAGUUGCUUGAACUUGUAUUACAUCUUUUGUUUUGUUUAGUUCAUCUUGAGUUCUUGUUGUUAUUGACGUCCGAGUCACUCAUGAUUGGGCAUAUGUUCAAUUUCGCUUUGCACGGAUUCUUUGUUGUUGUUAACAUGAUAGUUAAGUUAUCAUAGUAGUUAUAACUUUUAAGUAUUCUAUGUCAACUAUCUUUUGGUGCUUUAUCUAAGCAUUCAACUACAAUAGCUCUGCAUCUAUUUGCAGGUGGCAUAGGCAACUUUGCUGAUAUAUUUUAGUUGUCCAAGGAGUCCUUAAUUGUGUACACUUGUUCCAUUUACUUUGUUCACGAUUUUCAGUAUGUCUCAAAAGCUAUGGUUUUCUCAAUAAGUCCAGAAAAUCUAUUUAUUCUCUCAAGAUUCAGUUGCACCAUCAUUUUUGUGCUCCCAAUAUUGAUUUAUUAGAGCGUAUGGUAGAAUGCCCUGGAAAUCAUAAUUUCUGGAUCCUUGAAACAUGCUGUACAUGUGUUCCGCUGGAUGAAAAAUCAGGAGAAUUAUUGUGCUCGCAAUGACAUUUAUGGCAUGAUGAUAAGGUUACAUGCUAGACACAAUCAGGUUGAUCAGGCACGUGGUCUGUUCUUUGAGAUGCAAGAAUGGCGGUGCAAACCUGAUGCUGAUACAUACAACUCUUUGAUCCAUGCUCAUGCUCGAGCUGGCCAGUGGCGUUGGGCCAUCAACAUUAUGGAAGAUAUGCAACGUGCUGCUAUACCUCCUAGUCGAACUACAUACAAUAAUGUAAUAAAUGCAUGUGGAGCUGCUGGUAACUGGAAGAAAGCUUUAGAGCUUUGUAAGAAGAUGACUGAAAAUGGUGUAGGACCGGAUUUGAUCACACACAACAUUGUUUUGUCCGCUUUCAAGAAUGGAGCUCAGUAUUCGAAAGCCAUAGCUUACUUUGAAAUUAUGAAAUCAUCUAAUGUUGCCCCUGAUACAUUCACUUGGAAUAUUGUGAUCCAUUGCCUUGUAAAGGUUGGGCAGUAUGGAGAAGCUAUUGAGUUGUUUAACUCAAUGAGGGAAAAAAGAACAAUAUGUCCUCCAGAUGUUUUUACAUAUACUAGCAUAAUGUAUUCUUAUUCUGUUUGUGGGCAAGCUGAAAAUUGCAAGGCAGUCUUUGAUAUGAUGGUUGCUGAAGGUGUCAGGCCUAAUAUUGUAUCUUACAAUGCACUAUUGGGUGCUUAUGCCUCACAUGGUAUGCACAAAGAGGCCUUGGAAACUUUUAAAUUACUGAAGCAAAAUGGAUUGAGACCUGAUAUAGUUUCCUAUACCUCCUUACUUAAUGCUUAUGGUAGAUCUUCACAACCUGAGAAGGCUAGGGAGGUCUUUAAUGAGAUGAGGAAGAAUGCAUGCAAGCCAAACAAAGUCAGUUACAAUGCACUUAUUGAUGCUUAUGGAUCUGCUGGAAUGUUGAAGGAAGCUAUUAGUUUGCUGCAUGAAAUGGAGAGAGAUGGCAUUCAACCGGAUGUUGUUUCAAUAAGUACACUGUUAACAGCAUGUGGCCGCUGCAGACAACUAACUAAAAUUGACACAAUUCUUGCAGCAGCUAAGUCUCGAGGGAUCGAACUAAAUACAGUUGCUUACAACUCAGGAAUCGGAAGCUAUUUAAGUUUGGGUGAUUAUGAGAAAGCUUUGGAGUUGUAUGCAUUAAUGAGGACACGCAAUGUGAAGCCAGAUGCUGUAACUUACAAUGUACUCAUUAGUGGAUUAUGUAAAUUGGGAAGGUAUGCUGAAUCUCUGAAAUUUUUUGAAGACAUGAUGGACCUGAAAAUUCAUUUGACCAAGGAAGUCUACUCGUCCGUCAUUUGUUCAUAUGUCAAACAAGGAAAACUAAGUGAAGCAGAAUCUACUUUUAGUUCUAUGAAAGAAUCUGGUUGCUUCCCUGAUGUUUUAACAUAUACUGCAAUGAUUAAAGCCUAUAGCGAUGAUGGGAGCUGGAGGAGAGCGUGGGACCUAUUCAAAGAGAUGGAAAGUAAUGAUGUGCAACCAGAUGCCAUUGUAUGUUCAUCCCUCAUGGAAGCAUUGAAUAAUGGAAGCCAACCUGAAAGGGUCCUUCAGUUGAUGAAAUUCAUGAAGCAAAAACAGAUACCAUUGAACCAAAAGGCUUAUUUUGAGAUAAUAGCUUCAUGCAGCAUGCUACGGGAAUGGAAAACAGCCAGUGAAAUAAUUGAACAAUUGGAUUCCUCCCUCUCAUCCAUUUCUGUUGGCACACUAAACCAUCUUUUGAAUUUUCUUGGAAAAUGUGGCAAGACAGAGAGCAUGAUGAAGCUGUUCUAUAAGAUGGUUACUUCAUGCUCUACUGUGGGCCUUUCUACUUAUACGGUUCUGCUGAGAAACCUUUUGGUUGUUGGGAAAUGGAGAAAGUAUAUUGAGGUGUUGCAGUGGAUGGAAGAUGCUGGUGUCCGUCCAACACUAUAUAUGUAUCAAAGUGUACUUCCAUAUAUCUGGAGAGACAACAGUAUGGACUAUGUUACUCUCAUGCAAGAAAAAAUAAGUGAAAAAUGCAUGUUUUCCUGGAUGACACAUUUUAUCUUUGCUCAUAUCAGAUGCAUUGAGAGACAAGGUAACAUGACUCCAGAUAUUUCUGCAUUUGUUUGAUACGGAGUACUAGAAGUCUAUAACCGAAUAUGGAGGUGGCAUCAGAUUGAAGCUAGCAGCAUUCAGGUAGGACAGGAUUGUGAGUGUGCCCUAGUUGGCAUGGAAGCAACUUCCUCAUUAUUGAUUAAAAAGGACAUAGUAAGACUUUUUAAUAUGAAAGAGUUCAUAGGUACAGGUACCUAGCCACCGAUAUUCUGCUUAGGGACUUCAAGAACCGAGAAAUUGACAUGAUUCCACAAUUGCGAGGUUGGCUUGGAAAAAGCAUGACCUCAUGAAUCAUCUCUAUGGCUAAGAUGAGAGAAAUUGGUAUACUUGUUACCUCUGGCUUGGCUUGGAAAAAUUAGGUUAGCCUACUAGAGCAGAGUCUUCCAUUCGCCACCCUAGAGUUUACAAUCUUGCAUGGCCAUUAUAGUAGCACUUCUUCGACAUUGUAAUUUGUCAAUGUCUUUCAAGUAAGCAGUUUCCCCAUCUUGUAUGAUAUUGGUUUGAGAAUGAUUUUGUUGUCAUGAUGAAAAGGUCAAAAGGAGAUCAUAACAGGGGACACUAUGAGGCUUUAUGAAAAAUAGAGAGAUGGCCGUAUGAACAAAUUAGUGAUAUAUGAUGAUAUAUGCAAUUGCAGGCAGGGUUCCUGAUGCCAUA